AUGACAUCACUGGAGCUGUACAGCAAGGGAGCAUGUGUGUGGGUUCCAGACCCAGAUGCAGUCUGGCUGUCAGCCUUGCUCCUCCAGGACUACAGACCUGGAGAGAAACACAUCCUGCUGCAGCUCUCCAAUGGAACGGAGGCUCGUUACCCGGUGGGCUCCCUGUCUGACCUCCCACCUCUGGGGAACCCUGACAUCCUAGAAGGGGAAAAUGAUCUGACAGCUCUCAGCUUCCUCCAUGAACCUGCAGUCUUGCACAACCUGCGGGUUCGAUUUCUGGACUACAGCAGCAUCUACACAUACUGUGGUAUUGUGUUAGUGGCCAUCAAUCCCUAUGACCAGCUCCCCAUAUAUGGAGAGGAGGUGAUCGAUGCCUACAGCGGUCAGGACAUGGGAGACAUGGAACCUCACAUUUUUUCUGUGGCAGAGGAAGCCUACCGCACAAUGACAAGGGAGGAGAAAAACCAGUCCAUCAUCAUCAGUGGAGAGUCUGGCUCGGGGAAAACCGUCUCAGCCAAGUUCACCAUGCGAUACUUUGCUGUGGUUGGAGGAGCAGCACAGCAGACCAGCGUGGAGGAGAGGGUUCUGGCUUCUAACCCCAUAAUGGAGUCUAUUGGGAAUGCUAAAACCACACGAAAUGACAACAGUAGUCGUUUUGGGAAGUACAUUGAGAUCGGCUUUGGCAGAAAGGGCGACAUCAUCGGGGCAAACAUGAGGACGUAUCUGCUGGAGAAGUCAAGAGUUGUCUUCCAAGCAUCAGCAGAGAGGAACUACCACAUCUUCUACCAGCUGUGUGCCUCCAGAGAGCUGCCUGAAAUGAGAUCCCUUAAACUGGAUGCACCUGAGCAUUUUCGUUACACCAACCAGGGAGGAGAGAUGCAGAUUCCUGGAACUGAUGAUCUGUCAGACCUGGAGCGCACCCGCAAUGCCUUCACCAUCCUGGGUGUGCAGCCUGACCAACAGAUGGAGCUCUUCAGGAUCCUGUCAGCUGUUCUACACCUGGGAAAUGUCAACAUCCAGGCCAGUGGGAGAAGUUCUGACCGGAGUUAUAUUGAUGCAGACGACCGUCCUCUGGCUGUCUUCUCUAAGCUCUUAGGGGUGGAAGGCUCUCAGAUGGCCCACUGGCUGUGUCACCGCAGACUGGCUGUAGGAGGAGAGAUGCUGGUUAAACCUGUUUCUGGUCUGCAGGCCGUAGAAGCCAGAGAUGCUCUGGCUAAACACAUCUACGGCCAGCUGUUCACAUGGACAGUCCAGAGGCUCAACUCUGCUUUGCGCUCCCAGAGAGGAAAGGCCAAAUCCUUUAUAGGGGUUCUAGACAUCUAUGGGUUUGAGACCUUUGACCGGAACAGUUUUGAGCAGUUCUGUAUAAAUUAUGCAAAUGAAAAACUGCAACAGCAAUUCAACAGGCAUGUGUUCCACCUGGAGCAGGAGGAAUACGUCCGUGAGGAGCUGGCCUGGAGCAGGAUUGAGUUCAGUGACAAUCAGCAGUGCAUCAGCCUCAUAGAGGGACAACUGGGCCUGUUUGAUCUGUUAGAUGAGGAGUGCAGGAUGCCCAAAGGCUCAGAUGAGAGCUGGGUGCUGAAGCUGUAUGACCAGCACCUGACCAGCAGGCCUCACCCUCACUUCCAGAAACCUCGCAUGUCCAACAGCGCCUUCAUCGUCCUGCACUUCGCUGACACGGUGCAAUAUGAAUGUGAUGGCUUUUUAAACAAGAAUCGAGACACAGUCUUUGAAGAGCUCAUCAACAUUCUCAAAGCCAGUCAGUCUGAGCUGGUGGCCGAGUUGUUCCAGCAGCAGGAGAAGGUUUCCUCUGUGGCUAACGGAAGUAUUCGUUCAGGUAAAAGAGCCACCAGAGAACAUAAACUGACAGUGGGCUUCCAGUUCCGUCAGUCCUUACAGAUGCUGAUGGACACUCUGAACAGCACCACUCCUCACUAUGUCCGCUGUAUUAAACCCAACGACCUCAAAGAGCCUUUCAUGUUUGACCCCGGGAGGACGGUCCAGCAGCUGAGAGCCUGUGGGGUCCUGGAGACGAUCCGCAUCAGUGCUGCAGGUUUUCCAUCCAGAUGGACGUACGAGGAGUUCUUCAGCAGGUACCGUCUUCUGCUUCGAGGUCCUCAGAACCAGGAGCAGGCUCAGGAUCUGUGCAGACAUUCCCUGCCUCAGCUCAUCCCAGACCCAGACCAGUACUGCUUUGGAAAGACCAAAGUAUUUUUCCGGGCCGGUCAGGUGGCUCUGUUGGAGAGGCUGAGAGCUGAGAGGCUGCGUGCUGCUGCUGUGGUCAUCCAGAGCCGGGUCAGAGGAUGGCUGGCACGGAUCACAUUCACCAGGAUCUGCUGGGCCACCGUCACCAUACAGAGAUACUGCAGAGGAGCUCUGGCCAGACGACUGGCCCUGACGCUGCGCUACACCAAGGCUGCCCUGGUCAUCCAGAAGACCUACCGCAUGGUGGUGGUCAGACAGCUGUUCCUCAUGAUCCGACAGGCCACCAUCACCAUCCAGGCUUUCACCAGAGGCACACUGGCACGCCAGAGAUACAGACUGCUGGUGGCGGAGCGGGCUGCUGUGUUGCUUCAGGCGAGAGUGCGUGGGUGGUUGGCGAAGAAGGCGUACAGGCGAGUUCACGCUGCGGUGGUGUUCAUGCAGUGCUGCGCACGCCGCAGGGCCGCCAGGAGAGAGCUGAUGAGACUGAAGACGGAGGCUCGCUCAGUGGAGAGGUACCGAGAGCUCAACAAGGGCAUGGAGGUCAAACUGAUGCAGCUACAGCUGAAAGCAGACCAGGAGGCCAGGGAUGUUGCAGCUCUGAGAGAGACCCUCCAUGCAGAGCGAGAGGCCACCAACACUGAGCUGGAGGCUUUGAGGGCGACGGUACAGAAACUAGAAAGCCAAAAACAGAAACAGGACAAGCCUCAGCCCUGCUCCGUCAUCAGCGAGAAGGAGGUGGAGGAAAGAAAGAGAGCAGAGGAGAAGGCCGCCCAGCAGAUCCUUCAACUCACACAAGAUUUGCAAGCCCUGCAGAGAGAAAAGGCCAAUUUUUGCAAAGAGAGAGAGAAUCUCUCUGCUCGCUUGGCUGAACAAGAAAAGGCACAAGAAGAGUGUGUGCACCAGGCUGUGUCUCAGGAGAGCACUGCUUUGAGGGCGGAGCUGGAUGAGGAGAGGAGAAAGUAUCAGGGUCUCCUGAGAGAGUUCACCAGACUGGAGCAGAGAUACGACAACCUCAGAGAGAUGAGUCUGCUCACCGAGCACACCAGGGGCCACAGAAGGACGGAUUCGACCCAGAGUCUGAGCCUGGAGCCUCUCUCUCCCUCCCCCACUCCGCUGUCACCCCAGUCUCUCACCCCACUCCCACUGUCACCCUUCCCAUCUGCCUUCCCUUCCCCGGAGGACGUCCGCAGGGUCAGCGUGACGUCUCCCUGCUCCGACAGGAGAGUCUCAGCAUGGAGUUUUGACACACCAAUGGACCAGCUGAUGGAGAGGAUGGACGUGGCCAAAGAUCCGGCAGUGAAGAUGAAAGCGGAGGACCUGGCACAUGCUUAUGAUGCUGUACGAGUCGCCAACAAGUUUUUGGAGAGCCAGCUGCGUAGCCAGCGCAGUCAGCUGGAGGAGGAGCUGGAGGCUCUGAGGAGCCAGAUUAGUCAAACAGUCGGUGGUUCUUCUUCUGCUGCACAGCGACAGGAGCUGCAGGAGCUGCUGGAGGCCAGAGAGCAGGAGUGUGUCAGAUUGAGGAGAGAGCUGAAGGAGCUUAAAAACACUGUCUCACUCAGACGACUCCUGACACAAGUUCUUCCAUCAGCUUUAACCUCAGAGAUGCCUUCCAGUCCGUCUCGACAGAAACCAGCAACAGUCACUGGUUUACUGGAAUGUAGGAAGAGAGAUGAAACCAAGCUCAUCAAGAACCUCAUCACUGACCUCCGGGUGGACAGCGCCCUGUCUCUGCCUCCUGGUCUGCCUGCCAACGUGCUCUUCCUGUGCGUUCGUCAGGCCGACUGCAGCGGAGACCAAACGCACGCCGUCUCCCUCUGCAGCGCUGCUGUCACCGCGCUGAAGGCAGCUCUGAAGAAACACAGCAGUGAUGUAGAUAUGACGGCUCUGUGGCUGAAAAACGCCUGUCUGCUGCACGACCUGCUGACCCAGCACUCGCCAAAACAGACCCUUAACUCAGAUGAGGUGGUUCCACUGACUGCUGACCUGAGUGACCUGAUCCGGGCCCUCAGUGACCUCUGUAUCCAGGCCUAUCAGCAGCUUCUCUCCAUCACUGAGAAACGUCUACAAAAAAUCAUAGUCCCGGCUCUACUGGAGAGCGAGACCAUCCUGGGUCUGUCUGGCUCUGCCGUUAAGCUGAUAACGUCCAGGAAGCGAUCGGGCUCCGACCCCAGGACCGUAGCAGGUGAUGCUCCCACCAUGGCGGCGGUGCUCCGGGAGCUGGGAGCCCUUCACACGGCGUUGUCCCGUCAGACGUUGCCCCUGACCCAGAUGGAGCAGGCCUUCCACCAGCUCACCUACCUCAUCUCUGCCUCCGCUCUCAACAGCCUGCUGCUGAGGAAAGACAUGUGCUGCUGGAGUCGGGGCAUGCAAAUACGCUAUAAUGUGAGUGUGUUGGAGGAGUGGCUGCGGAGCCGAGGGCUGCAGGCAGGGGGCGCUGUGGCCACGCUGGAGCCCCUCAUCCAGGCGGUUCAGCUGCUGCAGGCAGAGAAAAGGACCGAGGGGGAUGCUCAGGCCCUGGCUCAGACCUGCACUGCCCUGUCCAGCCAGCAGAUCGUGAAGAUUCUGACCCUCUACACUCCCCACAGUGACCUCGAUGAAAGAGUCACACUGAAUUUCAUCCGUACUGUUCAGGGACUUCUCAAAGGCCGUUCAGAGGGUCAGCCUCCUCAGCUCCUCAUGGAUGUGAGGAGAGUGUUUCCUGUCACAUUUCCCUACUCGCCUCCUCCUCUCCUCCAUGCUGAGCAGUUAGUCAUCCCCGACUCCCUCAAGAUCUCUUUCCUCCGCAGAGUCUAGAAUAGGAUGUCUGGCCUCUUCACUGCAAAUACAUUAAUGUUUUAGCAAAUUUAAAUCCCCAGCGUAUUGAAUUCAGUCCUUUGAAAUUUAAAUAACUUCCAGGAGGUUUUGUGAACUUAAUUUCCUUUCUGAUUUUUUUUUUUUAGUGGCACCAAGGUGUUUAAUUAAUUUGUUAAUUAUCAGUGGAUUUGUGCACCGUAGAGGGUCAGAGUGAUUAUGUAAAAUCUCAGCUAGCUGGAUUUUAAAUGGCAUUAAUGCUGGAAUACAAAGUGUUUCUUUAAGUAGGCCUAAAGAUUUAGAUAAAAUGAACCAGAAAUAACACUCUAGCAACGAUUAUCUCAGUAUAGUUUGACAAACAAGGAACAAGAUGAUUAUUUUUUCAGAUUUUAUUGGAAGCAGAAACACAAUGAGACUGCAGUCCCAGUAACCUCAACCCCCAAUAAGAACAACCAGAAUAAAAAAAAACGCAAAAAAUUAGAAACAUCUCGUGUAUAAAAAAAUUCUCAUGCGAGUACUUUGUACCACUA